AUGAAGUUAUUAGGCAAGAAUUUUAACAAGAAGGAGAGCUAUGUAGUGGUGCAAGCAGAAGAUGAUGAAGAUAUCUGGAUUCUCUACAACUUUCUCCAGAAAGGUGACCGGAUUAGUUGCUCGACGUUUAGAAUUGUCACCAAAGAAGGUUCCAACAAGAGUGAAAAAGUGUUGGUCAGACUAGUGGUGAAAAUAGAGGAUAUUCAUUAUGAAGCAGAAGGGUCGUCGCUUAGAUGUAAAGGAAGAACCGUAGAGGAACACAAACUUGUGCCUCUUGGAUCAUACCAUACCGUGGUAAUCGAUACCAAAUAUUCGUUCAAGAUUUUCAAAGAUUCCAUCGAUCGGUAUGCCAUGAAGGUUAUUCAUGAUGCUGUUGACAUCACUAACAAAGCAGAGGUUGGCACAAUCAUUCUUCAAGAAGGUAUUGCCCAUUUCUGUCUCUUGACAAACUCUCAAAAAGUAUUGGUUGCCAAAGUGGAAAAAUCGAUACCCAAAAAAAGAAGAGGUCUUGGGGAGUCGGGAUAUGAAACAGCGAUGAAGAAAUUUUAUGGAUACUGUUACGAUUCGUUUAAACGAAAGUUUGAGUUGGAGAAAUUGAAGGUGAUUUUGAUUGCUUCUCCCGGUACCAUUGCCAAAACUUUAUACGAAUACAUCAUGAGCGAAGCUUCGAAAGACCAAGAAAAAAUGAUUUUGCAAUCAAAAGAUAAAUUCGUUAUUGCCCAUUCUUUCAACGGGUACUUGCAAUCUUUAGACGACACAUUGAAAGACCCAGAAGUCCAAAAGCGAUUGGAAAACACAAAAUUCAUUAAAAACAUCUUGCUUUUAGAGAAUUUUUUCACAGAAUUAAAUAAGGAUACUGGGAUUGCAUGGUACGGUAAAGAUGUUUGUGUCAAGGCCAUUGGCAUAACCGGGGCAGUCAAACAUUUGCUUCUAACCGAUACGUUAUUUAGAAGUGAUGACCCUAAAGAACGUCAAUUUUACAUCAGGUUGAGUGAUAAAGUGAGAAGUCAAGGAGGAGAAUCAACAGUUUUCUCUAGUCGACACGAUUCUGGCGAGCAAUUGGAUAAAAUGACCGGUAUUGCCGUUAUAUUGAAUUACCCAAUGCCAGAGUUGGAUGAUGAGUCAGAAGACGAAGAAGAUUAG